AUGGGUCUCCUUCAGCGCUCGCCUUCUGUGACGCCUCCUGAAGAUGGGUCUCCUUCAGCGCUCACGCCUCCUGAAGAUGGUCUCCUUCAGUGCUCGCCUUCUGUGACGCCUCCGAAGAUGGGUCUCCUUCAGCGCUCGCCUUCUGUGACGCCUCCUGAGAUGGGUUCCUUCAGGCCUUCUGUGACGCCUCCUGAAGAUGGGUUCCUUCAGCGCUCGCCUUCUGUGACGCCUCCUGAAGAUGGGUUCCUUCAGCGCUCGCCUUCUCGCUCGCCUUCUGUGACGCCUCCUGAAGAUGGGUUCCUUCAGCGCUCGCCUUCUGUGACUGAUCUCCUUCAGCGCUCGCCUUCUGUGACGCCUCCUGAAGAUGGGUUCCUUCAGCGCUCGCCUUCUGUGACGCCUCCUGAAGAUGGGUUCCUUCAGCGCUCGCCUUCAGUGACGCCUCCUGAAGAUGGGUUCCUUCAGCUCUCGCCUUCUGUGACGCCUCCUGAAGAAGGGUUCCUUCAGCGCUCGCCUUCUGUGACGCUCCUGAGAUGGGUCUCCUUCAGCGCUCGCCUGUGA